ACUUUUAACAAACCAUAUAAAAACAGCUGUUUGGCUAUUUGUUGAUAAGACCAAGCGGCGUCUAAUUUGAUUCGAAAUAAUUGUUAUUUAAACAAAUUUCCUUAAAUAUUGAAUGCAAACAUUUUAUUAAAGCUCAUAACUAAUAAUAUAAGUUGAAGAAAAAGUAAACAAACUAUGACAAUUUAUUUCAUAUAAUUGUUAACGAGUUUUGUCAACUUACUGCAAGAAGCCACCGGGCAAUUAUCCAAAGAAUACUCAAAUAUUGUUUUCAGCAUGAAUUUAGAAUUAUUAGAAUCUUUUGGCCAAAAUUAUCCCGAGGAAUUCGAUGGCUCACUGGAUUGCAUAUCACUUGCUGUAACUUGUGCUUUCAAUAAAUAUGGUACUUUAUUAGCCGUUGGCUGCAACGAUGGGCGCAUUGUUGUUUGGGAUUUCUUAACGCGUGGAAUUGCAAAAAUUAUCUCAGCUCAUGUGCAUCCAGUGUGCAGUUUAAGUUGGACGCGUAAUGGACAUAAAUUACUGUCCGCUUCUACAGACAAUAACGUUUGCAUAUGGGAUGUACUCACCGGCGACUGUGAGCAUAAAUAUCGUUUUCCUUCACCAGUGCUGAAAGUGCAGUUUGAUCCACGCAAUGACAAACGCUUCCUUGUUUGUCCAAUGCGUUAUGCAGCCGUGCUAGUGCGCAUUGGUGAUACACACAAAUGUCUGCCCUUGGAUUCAGAUGGCGAUUUAAAUAUUGUUGCAUCAUUUGAUCGACGCGGUAAACAUAUUUACACAGGCAAUGCUAAGGGUAAGAUACUGGUCUUAAACGCAGAAACAUUAGAAAUUGUGGCGAGUUUUCGCAUUAUUGUUGGUUCUUCGAGUGCGACGGCUGUAAAAAGCAUAGAGUUUGCGCGUAGAGGCGACGCAUUUUUAAUAAACACCUCCGAUCGCGUCAUACGGGUUUACGACUCAAAGGAGAUCAUAGCGCUGGGGAAGGAUGGUGAGCCUGAGCCAAUACAAAAGUUACAAGAUUUAGUGAACAAAACAACCUGGAAAAAGUGUUGUUUCUCCGGCGAUGGUGAAUACAUAUGCGCCGGUAGUGCACGCCAACAUGCGCUCUAUAUAUGGGAAAAGUCGAUAGGGAAUUUGGUGAAAAUUCUGCACGGCACCAAAGGUGAAUUGCUGCUCGAUGUUGUGUGGCAUCCAGUACGUCCCAUUAUAGCUAGCAUUAGUUCGGGGCUCGUUUCGAUUUGGGCACAAAAUCAAGUGGAAAAUUGGUCAGCAUUUGCGCCCGAUUUCAAGGAGCUCGACGAGAAUGUGGAAUAUGAAGAACGCGAAUCGGAAUUCGAUAUUACGGAUGAAGAUAAAUCGGUUGAUUUAAAUGCCGAUGCGAAGCAGGAUGAAGAAAUCGAAGUGGACGUGUUAAAAGUGGAACCAGUGGCAGCAUUUUGCUCAUCCGAUGAAGAGGGUGAGGACGAAAAUGCUUUGCAAUUUCUGCCGAUGGCACCAGAAGUCGAAGACCCUGAAGAUGGCUGGACCAUGCAAGAUGGUGUGGAUACGUCACUCACUAAAGAAAGUGAGAACGCGCCGCAGGACUACGAGGACACGGUAACGACGAGAAAGCGUAAAAUUAAUAAUUAUGACAUCAGCCUGCCGGAUGCGCCAGUCGAUGAAACGCAUCCAUUAAUAUCAAGUAAAACGAAUAAGGAUAAGCAACCAGUAGGCGGCAAGAAGGCAGCGGGACGUCCGAAAAAAUAACAUUUAAGGUUUUAAAUCUUUUUACAUUUCAUUAAUUAGGUAAAAAUCAUUAAAAAAAACAAUAAUUUUAAAUAUUUAGUA